UCACUUUAAUUUAAUAUUAGUUAAAAGUUAGGAUUAUUUAUGGAUUUGCAAGUGCUGUCUGAGGUUACCCCUUUGAGUGAACCUCUUCUCACACACCUCUCAUUUAUAAGGCCUGUAGCCAGUGUGAUGCCUGUUGUGGUCCAAGAAAGACCAUUUGUUUUCACAUUGCUUUCCUCACCCAUCGUGAGUGCACACAUAUUUGGUACACAAUCUUUUUGUCUUAGGGUUGGUAGUUUUAUAGAUCUUAAAUUGAAGACCCAAAAGACCCUUCUUCUUUUGCAUCUCAAUGGGCAUAUCCUCAAGCUUGGCAAUGAGGAUCUCAUUCUUAUUCUCAGAACUCAUAAUAGUUGGUUUAUUUUUCUUUGAAACAGAUUUGUUAGACUUUUCACCACCAAUAUCAGAGGCAAUCACAUUCGUGAGACUCUCGAAAGAGUCUUCAACAGUGUUGUCCCCACAGUUAGUUGGCAUAUUAGAGUUGAGAAUAGCAUUCACUUCGUUCAGUGAUUUCAUAGUCUUUUGCUCUCCCAUUACUGUGUUCUGUUCCGUUUCACCAUUGAAAAAUAGAGCUGGAUACCAGUUCUGGACAGUAUUGGGAACGGCUAAUUGACGGUUGGCUGACUCCAAUGGCAGACAUAGGAGUUUCACAAGUUCAUUCUCAUAUUUUGAAGCCAUAUCCUGUGUUGAACCUUGUUUUUCCUGAAUUUUAAAGUUGAACAUAAUAAUUAAUUUCGAUUAA